AUGCCGCACCCGCGGCGGGGAGGCCCCAGCACCACCAAGGCUGUCGACUUCACCACACCGCCCGUCGCACCGCCCACCGUCAUGCAGGCGAGCAAGAGCAGGGACAGCAAGGCCAGCCAGCGCCUGGGGCAGUACACCAUUGUGAAGACGCUGGGCGAGGGCUCGUUCGGCAAGGUCAAGCUCGCGACGCACCAGGUCAGCGGCCAGAAGGUCGCCCUGAAGAUUAUCAAUCGCAAGAGGCUGGUGACGCGGGACAUGGCCGGCAGGAUUGAGCGCGAGAUCCAGUAUCUGCAGCUGCUGCGGCAUCCUCACAUCAUCAAGCUGUACACCGUAAUAACGACGCCGACCGAGAUCAUCAUGGUGCUGGAGUACGCGGGCGGGGAACUGUUCGACUACAUUGUGAACAACGGCAGGCUGCAGGAGGACAAGGCCCGCAAGUUCUUCCAGCAGAUUGUCUGCGCAGUCGAAUACUGCCAUCGACACAAGAUCGUGCAUCGCGACCUGAAGCCCGAGAACCUGCUGCUGGACGACCAAUACAAUGUCAAGAUUGCCGACUUUGGCCUGAGCAACAUCAUGACGGACGGCAACUUCCUCAAGACGAGCUGCGGUAGCCCCAAUUACGCUGCGCCCGAAGUCAUAUCUGGAAAGCUGUAUGCCGGACCAGAAGUGGACGUCUGGAGUUGCGGUGUCAUCCUCUACGUUCUGUUGGUGGGGAGACUUCCUUUCGACGACGAGUACAUCCCCACGCUCUUCAAGAAGAUCGCGGCGGGCAAUUACAGCAUACCGAGCUACCUAUCCCCCGGCGCAGUAUCCCUGAUCAAGAAAAUGCUCAUGGUCAAUCCGGUACAUCGCAUAACCAUUGGCGAGAUCCGCAUGGACCCCUGGUUCACCAAGGACAUCGCACCCUACCUCGAGCCGCCCGUCCAGGAAUUCUUCGACAGCGGUGUGGACCCGCACAAGGCAAUUGACCCGACUGCGAUAGCGCCGGCUAUACCAGCACCAGUUGUUCAGAAGUUGCACGACACGGUUGUGACGAAGCUUGGGAAGACGAUGGGUUAUGCCGAACACGAUGUGCAGGAAGCGCUGGCGCGUGAUGAGCCAAGUGCCAUCAAGGAUGCCUACUUGAUUGUGCGGGAGAACCAGAUGAUGAAGGUGAACCGUAAGUUAUCAUUCUAUCCUUGUUCAAGAAGGUGCAUUAGGAACAUGUCGACUAACAAUGUCUCACAGCAUUGA